GUCGAGUGCGGAGCGCGCUCGUGGCCGCUUCCCAAACAGACGGUUCCUCCUGGUUCCUCUUCCGGGUUACCAAAAAUAUGAUCAGUUAAAUUAAGUGUCGUGUCACGUGUGUCUUCAAUAAGUGCGUAAUUAACUCAUCAACACUCUACACAUCCAAAACUACUACACAAUGCCGAUAGGCAGCGUAAACAAGGAACCGGCAGUCAAGCGGGAGACCUUCAGACCGCCGUGGGUGAAGGAUAAGGACGCAGCAGCUCCGCCACCAUGGACUCAGAGGAAAUUGAAACCAGUGGAGACACCAGCAAAGGCUGACAAGCCUGAGGCUAAAGAGCAACCGGCACCAGCUCCAGCGGGAAAACCAUUGAAGCCCGUUUUAAAGAAACAGUCGACAGUAAAGGAAAAAUCUGACAAACCAGAAAAUGGUGUAUCCGAGACAGUCGAAGAAAAACUUGUGAAACCGUCAGCAGCGAAAUCCGCUGACAAGGCGUCAAGACCAGCCGAUGAAAAACCUAGAUUUACAAAAUCUUCAUUAAGACCAGUCGAUAAGUCACCUAAAACUGAAGAAAAAAACUCAAAUGAGAAAGCUCCAGAAAAACCUACACUCAGGAGUGUAAGAACAAUUGAUGGUGAUAAAACGAAAGAUAAGUCAGUAACAAUCGUAGAUAAGAAACCUUUGGAGAAAAAUAGUACAUCAAAAACAAAUAAUACUGUAGCAAAUGAUAAAAGUCCAAAUGACAAAAGUGUUACAAACUCAACAAGCAAAACUUCAGAGACAAAGCCACUUCUUAAGAAAACUAAUACAACAAAAGUAGAAGAGAAGGAAGACUCAAAAAUGGCGACAAAGCCACCGAUCGAAAAACCUACUACAAAGUUGCCUCCGCGCAAGCCAUCCCUUGCAAAACAAGCAUCAAAGGAUGAACCAGUCAAGAAAUGGAGGGAUCCCCUACACGAGCGGGUCAAGGAAAACAUCGAUAAGACACUUAAUGAAGUUCCUAAAGGACAUACGCUGACAAAGAAUGAAAGUUUAAGAAGCUUGUUGAAACCAACGCCACCACCAAUGCCGCCACCACUGCCACCGAAAAUGCCUCCUCCACCCGAAUUCAAAAAAAGUCCAUUAGAUCCAGAAAAGUUGAAAAAGUUGGAAAGCCUUCGAAGCAGACCUAGAAGGCGGCCUGACUGGAGUGACAUGAUGAAAGAAGUAGAACAAGGCAAAAAAUUGAAAAAAGUCGUUUGCAAUGACAGAUCAAGCCCAAUUAUUACAAAAACAGCAGUAGUAAAAAAUAAAGACCAAUUUAUAUUUGAAUCAGAGAAACCAAACUCACACAACGCUCUAUUAAAAGAAAUCAAUCAGGGCAUUAAGCUAAAGAAAACUAAAACAAAUGACAGGAGCAAACCUAACUUGGAAGGUUUAAGGAAGUUUAGAAGGCAAAUGACUAUUGAAGAACAGGUUCAAAAGUCAAUGUCUCAAGCUAAUCUAUUAUCUGCGUCUCCUUCGGGAGUCUCAAUAGCAGGAGGAGUAGCAGAGGUCCCUGGUGCAGAAGAAGAAGAUAUCGAUGAGAUGGAUGAUAUUGAUAAAGUCAGAGACGACCUUCAAUCAACAAAACAAUUGCUGGCAAUUGAACUUAGGAAUAAGGAAGCUCAAGAAAGAGAAAAUAAACGACUGCUAACGAGGAUACAAAAUCUCGAAGCUGAAUUGGCAAGAGAACGUGCAAUUAUAAGGCAAGAACAACAUAAGACGGUUAUAUCAGUUACAGAUGCAUACGAUGAGAGACUGGUGAACAGCCUUAAAAUGGAAGUAGAUAGGGCUAAAGACACAGCAGAUAACUUGGAAAAGCAAUAUCUGGAAGCCGCAGAAGACAGAGACACGGCACUGACAGAACUGGAGGAAGUAAAACGAAAGAAUGCAGAAUUAGAAAAGAAAUUAGAACAAGCACUACAGGGUAUAAUGCCUACAAGCAUGGGUUCAAGGAGAUCAAGUCACGCAAUCAAACAGCUUUCGGUUACCAAAGACGACAGUUUCGAAGAGGAAGAGGAAUCGGAGCCUGAAGAGGAGGAGAGUGAAGAAAAGAAACAAAAGCGAAUGGAAAAAGAAGUACGCAAUAUGAAAAACAAAAUCCGACACCUAAAAGAAAAACAAGACCUUAUGAAGCGCGAAAGAAUGGCCUUCAAAAUGUCACUCAAAAACCAACAAUUGGCGUUGAAAGACGAGAAGAAGAAAUACAAAGAAUUAAAGCGCGAAGUAGACAAAAUGGCAACUAUGAUGAAAGAAGUGGGCUCAGAUGAGGAAGAGGAGGAAGAAGAAUCAGAGGAAGAGGAGGAGGAGAAGAGUGAAACCGAAGAGGAAACUGAAACUGAGACCGAGCAGGAGACGGAGAGCGAAACGGAGAGUGAAAGUGAACCUGAGGACGCUCCAUUGCCGAAAAAGAAGGACAACCUCACGACAAGGCUGAAGCGGCACGAGGCCAGAGUGACCGCUCUAAAGAAAGGCAACGCUCUACUGAUGGCUAAUGUAGACAGACUGAAGGAUGACGUGCUGAAGCAGAGAGAAGAGUCCCUGACACUCAAGAAUGAACUAGAUUCUCUUAUUUGCGAACUUGAGUAAUAGCUAAGGCAACUGCCAAAGGUUUCAUCUUUUUUUAGAUUUGUUAUAUGGGAUUUGGGUAUAAACUCAUUAAGGCCAUAAAAUAUAACUAUUUAAUACUUUUGAUAUACCUACCAUCUGUGUAAAGCUUCACCUGGCCAACCCUAUUAAUUUAAUUCGUCUAAAAUAAUAAUAACUACAGAAAUUGACUUAUGACAUGUUAUGAAGUUAUGAAGUAGGUAACUAUACAGAUAAAAGGUCAUGCAUGUUUCGUUGGAUUUUUAUUUUUCAUAAAGCUUGAAUUAUAAGGUUCUAACCUACUCUCAUGUGACCUUAUGCGGUGUCUAAAUUAAAUAUCUCUUAAUUGGUUUCCAUUGGUGUUAUAAGCAAAUAUUCAAUAAAUUGAGAUUAUGUUGUGUGAUCAUUUUUAAACAUUACAUUUUUGGCUGCUGAUAAAGUAGGUAAUACUUUUUCUAGAAAUAACAAAGAAUAUGGUAAAAUAUAACUAGUAUAAUUAUGUUACCAUAAAGUAACUAAAUCUCAAUUGCCAGCUAUUUAUGUAUUUAUUCCAUUACUUAAAUGGAAUAAGAAUAACAAUUGAAAUGUUGAACAUAUCAUGCCGCAAAUUAAUAAAUAACCAGGAGUUAAACUAAAAACUAAUACUAAAUAAUACGAAUAAAAAUUUUCCAUUUUGGCAUGGUGCCGAGGAUGCUGGCAGCAUUUCCCCACUAUAUUGCGAUGCUAAUAUAGUAUUAGUUUUUAGUUUUAUUAUAUAGAUAAGUUAGUUUUUUAUGUACCAUAUAUAUUGUAGAACAUAAUUUAUUCUAUGAUUAUUGAAAUAAAUACAUAUAACUAGAAAUUAUGUCUCACAAAAAUUAUAAUUGCUUGAAAUAUAUAAUACUUAUAAUUACUAAUUUAAAUGCUUAUUGUUUUAACCCUUUUAGGGUGCAAACUUAUAUAAAACCUUUUUAUCUAUUUUACAUGUUAAGAAUAUGUAUUAUCAGUAUUUUUAUGAAUUAAACUGCAAAACUACUAGUAUAAUGUGUCAGAUUGACCACAUUAUUAUUGCAUCUAUUUUUAUGCAGGUAUACCUACACUAAUUGGAUAAAUAUUAUGUGAUUUGUAUAUAAUAUUGACACAUACAUAUAAGAUAAUCUUUAAUAUAAUGCCUAAUUUGUAUUGCCGAAGGAAAAUAAUAAACUUUUUU